UUUCCCCAUUUCCUUCCUCUCUCUCUCUCUCUCUCUCUCUCUCUCUCUCUCUCUCUCUCUCCCCACUCGCUGCUUCCGCCGCCGCCGCCGCCGCCGCCGCAGCCCAUGGCCUCCUCGUCGGAGAACGUGGAGGCGCCGCGAGACGAGCAGCGCGACCCGCCGCCGUCACCGCCGAACCCUAGCGAGGAGGCCGGGGCGGGCGAGGAGAUGGAGGCGGAGGGGGAGGGGGAGGAGGAGGUGAAAACCCUAGAGCGGGCGGAGGAGCUGUUCGAGAGGGGGUCCAAGGCCAUCGAGGAGGGGGACUUCGUCGACGCCGUCGACUGCCUCAGCCGCGCCCUCGAGAUCAGGGUUGCACAUCAUGGAGAACUUGCUCCGGAAUGUGUUAGCACAUAUUUUAAGUAUGGAUGUGCCUUGCUAUACAAAGCUCAGGAUGAGGCUGAUCCUUUGGGUAAUGUUCCCAAGAGUUCAUCUAAUAAGGAGUCCAUGAAGAGUACUACUAACAAGGAUGAUAGUGGAAGCUCAAAGACCCCCGGUAGCAAUACUGAGGAUGCUCCAUCCACGGAUAAAGCUGAUGCUGAAGAAGGGCAAAACUCAACUGGAAAAGGUCAAGAGGAGGAAAACGGUGACAGUGACAAGGAUGAUGAUGAGAUGGUGGGAGAUGAAGAUGAUUCUGAUUUGGAUCAGGCCUGGAAAAUGUUGGAUAUUGCAAGGGCUAUAGUUGAGAAGAGCCCAGAUGACACUUUGGAGAAAGCAAAAAUCUUUUCUGCUCUAGCUGAAGUCUCCAUGGAAAGAGAGGACAUUGAUAACUCACUCGGUGACUACUUUAAAGCUUUAGCCAUAUUGGAGAAAUUGUUUGAGCCUGAUCAUCGUCGAAUUAUUGAUCUAAACUUCCGCAUAUGUUUGGUCUAUGAGUUGGUGUCGAAGAUUUCAGAUGCAAUUCCAUAUUGCGCUAAGGCUAUUUCAUUAUGCAAGUCACGCAUACAAAGCCUAAAAAAUGACAAAGAUGCUUUGUUGGCUGGUAAAGAUGAUAACGCAUCAGCUGCUGAUGGAGGCUCAGAAAAGUCCGCUCCUGAGGGUGAGAUAGAGCAGCUCAGUGGCAUUUUGAGUGAACUUGAGAAGAAGCUGGAAGACUUGGAACAAGCAAUGUCUACCCCAAGCUCUGUUAUGGAUGAGAUUAUGAAGAGGAUUGCCUCAAAGGCAGGUGGUGAACAGAAUGCUACUGACACAAUGCCAGCGGCUGCUUCUUUCAAUUCUUCUUCACAGAUGGCUGGAUCAAGCAACGGCUUUGAUUCGUCAACUCUGUCUACGGCAGCUACAACCGGAAGUACUGGAAGCACUGUAACCGAUCUUGGGGUUGUUGGUAGAGGUAUCAAACGUGCUAAUAUCAAGCCAAUCUCUGCUGAACCUCCUCCCAAGAGAGCUGCAGCUGAUUCGCUCUCAGUAAAAGGUGAUAGCAGCAACAACUCAGAUGUUCAUACCCCAGCACAAGAGGGCGAUGAUUCUGUAUCAAAGUAAUGCAUUUUACCCUAGGUAGUAACUUAAUGGAAUCUAUUCGGUGCCAAAAUCCUGUCUUGCUUAAUAUGUACUGCUGCAUGUCCAUUUUCUCAGAAGAACUGCCAAUAGGGAUUGCAUGAACCUUUUACCUUUUCAGAGCUCAAACCGUGUCUUAAAUUGAUGGUUGACUUGAUUGUUGAGUGAGUUCAUGGUGGACUACCAUCCAACUCAAUUGUAUCUGAUCAUAGUA